GGAUUGCCGAGUGCUUCCAGUGACUUGGCUCUAGUGUAAUGGCGGACAAGUUUCUACUUACAGAUCUUCGUCUUUCUCGGAAAAAACUCGCCAUUUUGACGGCAAAAUUCCAGAAUUAGCGGUAGUACAACCAGUAAGCUAGUCAUGGCCUAUACCUAUGGGGCCCUGCCACCACCUCAAGGCACUCCUGUAGAGGAGGAAACAAAGCUGAUAGGGCCUACCCCAGUAGCACCUCAACCCAAGACUCCUAUCAGCGAAUUACUGGAGCUAGCCGUGCAGAUGGGGAUAAAAGUUGAUUUUGAGCAGGUAUCUGCAGUUGGAAUGCCUCACAAUCAGACAUUCACCAUAAACUGCAAAGCUGGUGAUUUUACUGGCAUAGGAACUGGGCCUUCAAAGAAGAAAGCAAAGCAGAACGCUGCUUCUGCAACACUGGAAAAGAUAAAGAAAUCUCUUGAUUUUAAAGACCAUCUUUUUAACAAGACAUCAAAAACAGCCAUGGCAUCUCAUCUUAACUCAGUUGGUCGUCUACAGGAAGUGACUGUGAAGAAAGGCUGGCAGUACCCUGAAUACAAAGAUGUAAAGGCUAAGGGGCCCCCACACAUGCGGCAAUUUGAAAUGGUUGUCACAGUUGGUACACUUACAGCAACUGGCAAGGGGCGCUCAAAAAAGGAUGCUAAGCGUAGUGCGGCCAACGCCAUGCUUGACAAUUUGAUGAGCACAGAUCUGUCUUUGCAGCCACCUAAUAAGAAGAUCUGCUUUACUUCAGUGGGUGGGUAUAGUGAGAAGCCUGCAAUAGCAUUCUACAAAAACGGUAAUCUUUGAGGAGCAAAUAGAGUAUUAGCAUUAACAGCUUCGCAACCCCACAAUAGGACCCAAGGGAAAUUAUCUAUAUUAACAUAUAGCCUGAAUUUUAGCCAGGAGCCAACUCACACUAUUGAAAAUUCUGGUACUAUUAUGUAACGAUUUUAAUUCAAGAUUAUUCAAGUUAGUACUCCCAAUGGGAUGGCUUUUUACCCCGACAAUUAUUUGCUUAUUUCUCUUUUUACACUACAUCGCUGUAUAGAUACAGGCCCCCAUCCAGCUUUAGUCUCUUAAUUUGACGAAGGGCUAAAUAUUGAAAACGUCAGCAAAAUGAUGCUGUUUACACAGAGGUGUAAAACAUUUAAACCGUGUGUUGGUUUGUUCCCAUACACCUCCCUUAAUAACACAUUUUGUGAGCCUGGGACGGUAUUUUUGGAAUAGUGCCUUCUCCUUAUCCUCAAUGAUUAUGCAUCCCUUCUGUAACAGCCAUUAGUCUGAUGUGAUUAGAGUGGUUUUCAAAAACGUGAAAUACUAUUUAGUUUAUUUAGUGCUAAAACACUGUAAUGUCUUUGUUGUAUUUUGUUUUGGCUUGACUAUUACAUUUAACUACAUUUUGUUGCACGAGAUUUUGAAAACCACUCUACAGUUUUUAUAGGUAGAUCGAGACAGACAAAUCAAGAAGUAAAGCGAUUUGAAAAGCAUGCUUUAGCUUACUUCUGUUUCCUUAAACCAGUCUUUGGCCAGAUUGAACAUUCAGAUCUAUUCGAUUUUAGAGUUUUUAAAUACGUUUUCUUUAUCAAAAGCAAAUAUGUUUUAUAAUUUCAUUCGUAGAGAUAUUCGAAGGAUGGUCCACUUUUAUAAGCCCGAUCUACUUGUAUCAGUCAAACACACAUGAGUUUGAAACCUCAGUUUUUGUUAAGGAGUGGCGUUUAAGUGGACUUUUUUCUUUCUUUAAAUAGACGGAGCCAUAAAAAAGUACUGAUACUGUAAAUGUUAGAAAAUAAAAAGGAACAGAUGAAAACAACCUUCCCCAUUGCCAUUUGCUUAGGAUCGAACCUCAUCCUGGAUCAGAUAAAAUGAGUAAAUAGAUCAUACUUCAAAACAUACGCUGGAAUACGUUAUGUUAUUCGUUAAUAAAACAUCACAACAUGUUA